GUGGACAAGCCUUUGCAUCGGGUUGAAGCAGACGAAUUCGAAAAGAUCUUGGACGAAUGCAACUGUUUUUUGGAAAGCGUCGAGGGGCUGGGGCGGAAUGGAAGUGCAGCUGGAAGAGCUGGCGAAUGCAAGAUGAAUGCACCAGGCGAAGAAGUAGGUGGUGGAGAUUCUAAACCUUGCAAGAAUGCACCAGACGAAGAAGGUGGUGGAGAUUCUAAACCUUGCAAGAAUGCACCAGGCGAAGAAGUAGGUGGUGGAGAUUCUAAACCUUGCAAGAAUGCACCAGACGAAGAAGGUGGUGGAGAUUCUAAAUCUUGCAAGAAUGCACCAGGCGAAGAAGUAGGUGGUGGAGAUUCCAAACAACAGCAACUGCAUGAACACAUCCACGACCCUCAGACAUCAACAACUCCAUCUGCAAAGACAACUCCCACCAGGAGAUUAUUCCGUGCUCCCAGUGGAAUCCUAUCUCCUUCUAUGGCUCGUACACUAUCUGCAAGAGGAAUGCGCCACGUUCUCGGAGACUGUUUUUGCGACGAUUUGAAGAUUCCUGACACUGAUUGGAUAGCCAAUACGAUGUCGCAUCAAGCCAAGCCUGGAUCGAUAUUGAUCAUGCACAUGCCCGAACGCUCCAGGCGUUCACACUUGCUGGAAGCACUGGACAAAACCCUGAGUAUCCUAGUGACUGAACGAAAGUUCAAAGUCGUUACCGUGGGAGAAAUGAUACGACGGAAGCAGAAUCAGGAUGAAAUUAGUUCGAAGAAGAACUUCAGGAGGCUUUUGGACGGCAACAAAAAGGGUCACAAAGAUAACGCUGGAUUUCCUGAACAAGACCUCUGGUUUCUCGUUGUCACGAUCACGGUUCUGGGAACCAUACUCUUUGCUGCUACAAGCUGCUUAGUACCCUGGCGAGUUUGGUUCUUCAUAAUCGCCCUUUUUGUCAUUUUUGGCGGACAAAUCUUCGUGUUUCUGAUCUCGUCGUCUUUUGCAAGAACUGCAAACUCCCGAGAUGAGUUUUUAUAUGAAGUGGACAAGAAUCAGACCAUUCAGAAACUACACGAUGCCGCUGCUGGAGAUGAAGACGUCCACGAAGAUCAAGAUAAAGAUAUAGUCGUUGAAGUAAAAUUAGAAGGCGAUGCGGAGUCGGAGCAUCUCCUUCGGUCUUGAGAUGAAGAUAAUACUACAACUUGAAUACGUGUUCUUAAUGCUACUUGAUAUACUGCACUAUGUUGAUAUCAGUGCUUUUCUUGUCGUGUGGACAUUUGAUUGCCUGGAUGAAGAUCUCAUUGUAUCUAAAAUAAUAGAGUAAAAAAUAAGUCUGCUUCUACUGGUGCCUUCUACUUUCUUGUUCCUCAUCCUCGUGCAGCCGGGGUUAUGAACUAGUGCGGCCUCUGUAACGUAGUUCUUCACCAGGCUUAUUUGAUGAAUAAAGAUAAUAAUCAAAGACUUCUGCUUCUUUUCUGGUAUGCUAUCAACCUCGGGGAGACUUGUUAGUCUACCCUUGUUCUCUUUGCAGUCACGUCGCCUUUUACAUUUUCUAGGCGCAAUGAAUGUUAAUUAUAAUGCAGCCACGCCAGCAACAGCAUAAAAAUGCAUUAUUUGCUGAAAAUAGAAGACUGGCUGUACUUCUAUAGUAAGAAGGUAGUACUAGUAGAAUCACGUUCUGGUCGUGAUGAAUCCGUUUACUUUCAUACUAUGGGUAGCAGAAGCGUCGAUUUAUUCUUGCAGAGACGCUCACUCGUGU